UUGCAGGGGCGGGUGGCAGCAUCCCGCAGCAGCAGGAAGGGCAGGAGAAGCCCCCAGGCCCGCAGCAUGAAGAACCCCAUGUACGAAGUGGCCUCCCUGCUGCUGGAGAAGCUGCUCCUCCUGGCCAACCUCAGGCUGUGCAGCGUGGGCCCCGGCGCGGUGGAGGAGGAGGAGAAACACGCCAGCUACUACGACACCACCUGCUUCAAGCGGGGCGACCUGCUGGAGGUGCCCCGCACCCUCUUCGUCCACUUCGGCAUCUACCUCGGGGACAACCGGGUGGCGCACCUCAUGCCGGACAUCCUGCCCGCCUUCACCGACGAGCAGCGGCAGAUCCAGCGGAUGGUGACCAACAAGAGGCUCAUCCUGGGCGUCCUGGCCAGAAUGGCCCGCAUCCGCGUGGACACGGUGGAGGACUUCGCCUACGGCGGCUCCAUCCUGGUGAACCACAUGGACGAGGCCUUCCCGAGCAAGGCGCUGUGCGGCGAGGAGGUGGCCCGGCGGGCGGAGAAGCUGGUGGGGGCCACGGCGUACAGCCUGCUGUGGAACAACUGCGAGCACUUCGUCACCUACUGCCGCUACGGCGCCGCCGUCAGCUUCCAGACCGACAAGUUCUGUGAAACAGUGAAGAUGAUUAUUCGGGACCAGAGAAGUGUUCUUGCUUCAGCGCUCCUGGGAUUAGCAUCUAUAGUCUGUCUGGGUUGGGCACCUUCCACCACCCUGCCCACUAUCAUUAUUCCGUUCUUUCUGUGGAUGGCUGGUUAACAGCAGCACCAGCGCCUGUCAGUGCCUGUACAUAGAAUGUAUAAUAUUGUAUUUAUAAAAGCACAAAUUACUUAUCAAUGGUUAUGUAAAGAGAAAAAAUGUGACCUGUAACUUGUGUAAUAUUUUAAUCACACCUUUAUCCAGAACACAAUGUACAAGGAGUAGCUUACUGUGUAAGCCAAAUAACCAGAUUUCCUGAAAAUCUCACAGAAAGUAAAUUUAACACACCUUUCAAGCCAUGAAAGUGUGUGUAUGUGGGGGGCGGGGGUGAUAUAGUUCUGCUCCCUGCUUUCAGUCAUAAAUUAAUCUAGUGAAUGUAUUUUAUCAGGUAUUUUAUUAUCUCUUAACUCUGUGUAUCUAAGUGCCAUAUAAAAUAGUGAAGAUUAGAGUUCCAUCCUGAAAGUGGAUGAUAGAGGCCAUCUAAGUACCUAGGUAGAAGUGAUGGAAGAUGAAAACACGUUAAUUUCACUUCCAUAUAUAUGUAUUUUUCAUUCAGGGAAGUUACUAUUUUUAAAUCAACUUGUAUUAAGCCUAGAAAUAUCUUUUAGUGAGGAAUAAAAGCAGCCCCAGGAUUGUAUUCUGCGUUGGUAAAAACUCCUAGUUAAGUAUUGUUUCCCAUACUACUGUGUGUGGCCAGAUUGGUACUGCCCAUUCAGUUCCUUUCUGAGAGGUGUUCACAAAUCAUAUAUCCAUUUUAAUUUCACAAACACUUUAUACCAUCCUGAACAGAUUUUUGCCUGGGUUUGGUUGCAAGGAAAGCCUGCAGUUCCUCAGAAUUUUCCUUGCUAAUAAGUGUCAGUGCAGCCAAUAUAAUUCACUACAGGGGGUUUCAGAAGAUAAGGAACAAAGCAAUUUGGUUGCUGAAAACUAGUAACAUGCAAACCAAUAAGAAUUUUCCUAUGUUCCAGGGGAGAAGGAAAGAGGCCUAUUUUCUCUUCCCUCAGUAAUGGGACCAGUGUGAGUGCCAUAAAGUAUCAUGAGUCUCUGUGGCAGAUAUUACAAUCAAGCUACUGUAAUUUAACAACUAAACAUACCACAAACCCCUUACAAAUUAUACGUUUUUCAUAUACUGAAUGUGUGAAUAUUUACCUACAAGCCAGCAACUUUUAAAAGAGCAUGUGAUAUAUGAUUCAAGGGCUUUUUUGAAAAUAUUACUAUUCUUAACUCAGGCUGAUACUUUUUUAAUCUCAGACCUCUAAGGAUUCUUUCCUUCAAAAUCCAAACCUAUCUAUUCACUCAUUUUGAGUGACUAUUCUAUUUUUAUUAUUAUUAUUUAUCCACAAUGUUUAUUGCUGUUUGUAAACAUGCCUUUUCUGUGUACUUAGGAAUUUAAGCAUUAUUCUGCCUCUCCUUUUAAAUCUAAAGCAUGCAUAAUCUCCAAACCUUGUCUCUCUUAACAGUGAAAGCUCAAUAUACCACAGUCAAUUAAGGACAAUAUUAAAUAAGAAAAAAUGCCUCCUUUACUACCAUUUCUACAAUAAGAUUUGCUUUAUCUUUAUUUAAGAAACAGAAAACCCCCAACUGUUUGAAGUGUGGUAUCUUGAAUUAAGUGUCUGUUCUGUUGCUAAUAGCGAUGUCUCGUUUUGGCUAUUCCAUUACAACUGACUGAAAAUGUGAAGACCAAGGAUGAAAUCCUGAUCUUAUUGAAGUCAAUUUCAAAACUCUCACUUAUUUCAAUUGAGAUAGGAUUUCCCCCCAGACUUCAAUACUAAUGCAGAACUGUAUUUAGAAUAAAUUAUAUGUUCAGCUUGCAGUCAUGCUCCAAAGCAGCUGGAUUUAAACUACCACUAAAUUGUUAAACAACUUACAUUCUUUUUAAGAGAGUCCUAAGGUGCCAACCUACAGCAAAUUUUUAAAUGAAUGUGAAAUGCUAUUCCAUCAAGUAUGUAUCAUACCCUCUAAACAAAUUCCAUUGUAUUUUUUAUUUACUGUACAUAAGGUCAGCACUGCAUAAUUAUAUAAAUAUAAUUCAUUUGUAUAUGUUUACUUGUGUUCUGAAAUUGAUGAGCAUAAUGGAAUAGCACUUCCCUAACAAUGUUUAUCUCAAUAGGAUACUGAGCAAUCCAUUGAGACAUAUGGUAUCUAAUUACAUUAUAUGUCCGCUCCUCCCUUUUACUUGGGAUUUGUAAGAAUUCCAGUACUUCUCAUGAGUCAGUUACAGAACAAACAAUGGGUCCAUGACCAAUAAGCUAAUCAUUGUUAGGACUGUUAUGAGGUGAGUGUACUCAUAGUAGCUGUAAUAUCAAAGGACUGAUGUUGCCUCUUUGUUAAUGGGGAUGGGAUAACCAGGGAUAUUUGGGCAAGAAGACAGGACAGGCAAGAUGUGGUUUGUCUGAAAACUUUGUUCCAUGGCACCUGGAACAGACAUGGGGUUUUUGUUCAGUCAGAUCUAGUAAGUGAAAAUUCCAUAAAGUAUCUUUAAGGAAUACUUAAGACUUGCUCAGACUAAGCCUUUUAAACCUGUGAUACACGUGCUGUAUUUUUUUGGUCAGAGCUGAUUCACAGGAGGACUUCAGUUAUGCCCUUAGGAGUUUUCAUACAGUCCCCAAUUCAGCAAAGGACUUAAAUCUUAUUAAAAUUAAGAAUAUGCUCAUUUGCUUUGCUAAAUUGGGGCCAUAGACUGAGCAGUUCUAACACCGGUGUGAAUUCCCUUGUUCAUCCCCUUGGAUUGUUUGCUCUGAAGUCUCAAACUUUAAAUUUCAACACCAACUAUUUUUCUAAUGACUAUUUUUGCUAAUAUAAUAAUCUAAUGAGGGAUUAUGAAUAGAGUUUGCCUUUCAGGCCUAGGCUCAAAUAUGAAUUAUAAAGGACAAAACACAGGGCAGUAUCGUCAGUGAAAUUUUGCAUGUGUUAUAAGUGCAGGAUUGGUACAAUAUAUUGGUAACUAUGAAUGAUGGAGGAUGGAGUAGAUAGGGAGUGGAGAUACAGAAGUUGCAUUUCAUUUUAGUUGGUUCUUUGUAUGAUUGUUUUUGGGGGUGGUGGAUCUUCUUUGAGAACGUUAAUGUGCAAUGCGGGGACUGAAAAGGACACGAGUCUUGUGUUGCUGGACCUGUUAGUAGUAAAGACAUCAGAUUAAAAGGACACAUUUCAUUAUUACCUUACAAAGGUAAACAAAAUAAAAAAAAAAUAUAAGGGGACAAUGUCAGGGUAGAAUAUUUUUAAAACCUUAGAUUAUUAAAAUUCAAGUUCUAAUGUUUUAAUCACUUGAUGCUAUAUUUACUUUUGUAUUUUAGCUUGAUGAAUGAAAAUAGUUUCAAUUUGUGUACAGUUAGUUUCUAGUUUCUUUCAGGUCCUUAUGCACUAGCACUCUGUUACAAUGUGUAGGUUAUAAAACUGCUAGGGAAAGUGUGUGUGUGUGUGUAAUACCAUUGAGAUUUAAAGGGGUAGGGGAAAUCAUGGCAAUAUGUGUCAGUAUUAGGUUUUGGGGGAAAAAAUGAAACUAUAUUUUUGGCAACAUAUGACCUGACAGCAUCUCUGUGGGAUUCAGAAAGAAAGCUAUAGAAGCAAGACAUAUUCUCUGUUAUGGCAACCAUAGGUCUGGUUUGUCCAUAUUGUGUGUAUAUGUGUUAUGUAAUUAAAUCAAAGGGUCUCACAACACAGUAUGAUAAUAUAAUGUUGUCUGAGAAUGCUUCCUAUGUUAGGAAAUCAGUGGUUAGUAUGCUCUGACUUUACAUUUGAAUAUUAAAUGGAAGUCACCAGAUAACAAAUGGCUCCUGGAGGUGCAAACUGCUUAAACUCUGUAAUACGUUAGGCCCCAAUCCUACAAACAUAUGCUUAAAUUUACUACAUGAGUAGUCGCAUGGAUUUCAAGUAAGUGUGUGUAUGCAGGAUGGGGUCAUACAUUGUAAUACUGUGAUUCAUUCAGCAAGUGUGUAUGUGAUGUACCUAUUUUUGUAGUGAUCUUGCAUGACCUUAUGCUGUUGAAAUAAACUGCCAAAUCAAA